CCUCGGCACCGCGUGGGCGGAUUGAUUGAGGGAGUUGCAGUGUUUGUGUUGCUGCUUGCUUGUGUGAGAAAACGUUACAAUGGUGCAACUUUCUAAAACUGGAGCAAGAGACACGCUGAAAGCUGGUCAUCCUCCUGCAGUGAAAGCUGGAGGAAAAAGAGUGGUGAAGAAGAGUGCUGAGGAUAACACCAAUGUGGAGAAAGAGGGCAAGAAAGUGGAUAAAUCCAGGUCCCUGCCGACCCCUUCCAGAACGCAGCACCUGAGUCUUCUCCUUUCUGGUCCACUUGAGAAGCUGGGUCAUGAUUUCCCCGAGACUCCAGUUUCUGUGCGGCACAGUCGAGUCCGACCGAGCGUGGAGAAACCUCACGUCCCACGCAUCUCCAUCUGCAUUCAACAGCCACGCAGGUUUUGAGCCAAAAUAGCUUUUGCUGCUGAGCUUCUGACAACAUGAGACAACCAGGAUGUGAUUUUUGUAGGUGAAUCAUGGAGGUGAUUUGCUAGUAGACUUGUUACAAGGUUAUUGUAAUGUGAUUUGUUUAGGUUGGUUGUUGUAGCUUUGCAGCUUUUGAAGGUUUUUCUUCCUGCGUGGAAUGUGUUCUUGUGCAGUGGAACAUUGAUUAACUCUCUUGAAUAUGCAUGAAGUUUCUUUUUGAUAAUUAAUGAAACCUAUUUUUCCUACUCGCGAAA